AUGAUGAUGAAAAUAAAAAACGUCGUCCAAUCGUACAAAGAUUUAUCAAAGUUUAAACUGAGCGUGUUCGUCGUCAGCACGGCGGCGGCUGGGGCGGUUUUAGGCACCACCCAACAACCUGUAACAACGAAAACGACGACGACAGAGAAGAAGAAGAACUCCUUAAUCUCGUCCUCCUCGUCGUGGCUGCAGCAGCAUUAUCAGCAGAAGCAGCAAAAGCAGCAGCAAUUUGUUCUUCUGGAUGAAGAGAAAAUAAAAACGAUACUCAACGCUUCUUUCGGGACGGCGUUGUGCGCGUUUUCCGCGAACAGUUUGAACCAAAUUUUGGAGAAGAAGCAAGACGGGAUGAUGGCGAGGACAAUGCGAAGACCUUUGCCGAGCGGGAGGUUGUCGUUAGGGAACGCGAUUGCGUUCGCGGCGGCGAGCGGGAUUUCCGGGACGUGGUAUUUGAACGAAUAUACGAACGAGACGACGGCGAUGUUAGGUGGCGGAAACAUUUUGUUGUACGCGUUCGUGUACACGCCUUUGAAGCAAGUGCACUGGUUGAACACGUGGGUAGGGGCGGUCGUGGGAGCGAUUCCGCCGAUGAUGGGAUACGCGGCGGCGGCAGAUUUGAAGUUGAUAUCGAACAACGAUGAUACGAGCGGUUGGAGCAGUAGCAGUAGUAGUAAUAGUAGUAGUAGCAGUAGUAGCAGUAGUAGUAGUGGUGGUAGUACUAGUAUUUCAAGUCUCUUAGGAGGAGAGAAUUUCGCCAAAGGCAUGGUUCUUCCUUUAGCGGUGUAUUUGUGGCAAAUGCCGCACUUUAUGGCCCUAGCGACUAUGGGUAGAGAUGAUUACAUUAAAGGCGGGUAUCGAAUGUUGACGCACCCUUCGUUUGAUCCAACUUUGCGAAGAGCCGCGAACGUGGCGGUUCGGAAUUCGUUGAUGCUUUUACCUCUUGGAUUUAUCGCCGAGAAUGUUGGUCUGGUGUCUAAAGAUUCUUCGUUUCGGUACGAAGCGGUCGCUUUGGGUGCGCCGCUCGUUGCGACGGCGCUCAUGUUUCGUCAAAAAGCGAACAUCACGAGCGCCCGAAGGAUGUUUUACGGGUCGUUGGCGUAUUUGCCUCUGUUUCAAAUGGCGCUUUGCGUCAGAAAUCGACAGCAUUAUUACGACGAGUGUGACAAUGAAAUAAACGAACACGACGACGACACAAACAUCGCGAGACUUUUGAUGACGCCAAUCAUCGCUUUGCACGAUUUGUUCGCCGUGGACGAUUCGUGUCCGCAAGUCGCGCUGGCGGAGGAGAAACAAGAGGACGCAAAAAACGAUAAGAAAGAGUAG